CAUUUUCACGACCUUCAUAAAAAAAAUCAAAUUUUUUCUUCAAAACCCAAUUUUUUCUCAUUCAUCAACUUCAUAACAAUAAUAAAAACCCAUAAUUUUUUCUUCACUCUUCUUCCCUCAAACUCAGAAAAUUAAAAUCCAAACACACAUAAAUCAGAAUAAUUCAGAUCUUCCGUGAAAUUAAAAUUCAAACACACAUAAAUCCAAACCCAGAUUUUUUUUCUUCUUCUUUUCACAUAAUAAAAUCCAAACUCUCACAGAAUAACGAAUCUGGCUCAGAUUUAUGACUUUGUAAAGUACUUCACGGUUUACAUCUCAACCACUAAGUUAUUGUAAUUGAUAACAUCUCUCCUUUAGAAGCUUUCAAAAUAAUUUUUUCUUCUUCACAUCACAGAUCCGAAAUUCACCACCAUCACUCACUUGAGCAACCAAACAAACACAAUUUCCAUUGUUCUUUGAAAAAGAAUUUCAAACACACAGAACAUAUCAAAAUAACAGAUUGAGGAGUAGUGGUAGUAUUGUUGAUCAAGGUUUGAUUUUGGUUCAGAUCUGAUUUUGAUGAUGAAGUGUCAUGUUGUUGUUGUUGAUUUUAUUUAUUUUUCCUGAAACUGAUAAUGUUGAAACGAUGAUGAAGAAUGAGGGGAGGUAGAAGAUGAAGCAAAUCAGUUUGUGGUGGUUCACACUGAUAGAUACAAUAGACCUUCAAGAUCUAACGGUGUCCUUUGUGACAAAAAGAUCAAACGGUUAAAAUUAAAAUAUAAAAGAGGUCUACGGUGGAUCACUGUAUAUAUUGGCUCACCGUAGAUAGUCACAGUGCCACGUGUCAAUGGUUAACGUUUUUUGGAAAAAAUGAACGGAGAGGACUAUUAUAGGUAACAGUGAUAUCAAUAAGGGACCAAUCUAGACCUUUUUUUCUUUAAGGGACCAUUAUGAAACCUAAAAUAUUUUUAAGGGACUAUUUUACUAAUUAAGCCUUUUAUAAAAUAUGGGGACCAAAAUGACAUUUAAAAAAGCCACCAGCGCCAGGCCAGUAGCCCAGUAGAAACGAAAAACGCAAAACUGUAAAAAGGCACCGAGACAGAGGCCUGCAACUCAAAACAACACACAACACCACCAUCGACCUCAGCGCCUUAAGUAUAAACCCUAGUAUUGUAUCACUGUAGUUACUGAAAUCGUGAACCAGAUUCCGGCACUGGAUGACAGACUUUGAUACUACUUUCUCCGCCGAUGGCGGCGGCGGCGGCCAAAAUCUCAAGGAAUGCGAACUUAUGAUUCAGAAGAGUCUCAAGACUCCAAUGGUGAGGUUCUUAAGGGAACACUUGGAGAAAGCUGGGUGUCCUGUUCAACAAAAUUUCAUUAGAGCUAUUAAUUGUGAUCAGUCACAUGCCGGCGGUUAUGUUCCCGGUCAAGGGAUAGUUGUGUGCGGAAAUCGGACACAAAUGCAAGACGAGGUUAAUCAGGUGAUAAUUCAUGAGCUAAUUCAUGCAUUUGAUGACUGUCGAUCUGCAAACUUGAAUUGGACUGAUUGUGCUCACCAUGCUUGUAGUGAGAUAAGAGCCGGUCAUCUAAGUGGUGAUUGUCAUUACAAACGGGAACUUCUACGAGGAUUUAUGAAAUUACGAGGGCACGAACAAGAAUGCAUCAAGAGAAGAGUUAUGACAUCAUUGGCUUCAAAUCCAUUUUGCUCUGGUUCAACUGCCAAGGAUUCUAUGGAAGCUGUAUGGGAUGUUUGUUAUAACGAUACAGCACCUUUUGAUAGAGCUCCUUAAAAAUUGCGUGGCUGUUACCGGUUUAUGGUAUAGAAACCAUUGUUUCCAUUAUUUGGCUGUGACCACAAAUGCAAUUCAAAUCAAAUAAAAUGAUGACUUAUUUAUUUUUAGCUGAGAUAUCUUUUUUAGCUGAGAUAUCUUUAUCUUCUGCGAAUUGUAACUUCAUAUGGAAACUUCUUUUCUUCUCAUUGUUUUUUAGCUUUGCCAUAUAUUGAAGUUAAAUGAACACUUGUUCUGUA